AUGAUCAACGGCUUAGGGAACAUGUCACCAACUACAACAUCGCUGGCACUACUGUGGAAUCUGUGCCACUGUCUUACAGCUGCAUAUGCGCUGACAGGUGGCUGGGUGGAGACCGAUCCAACAUGGGUGACACCUGACGACUGGGAGACCGAAGACGGCGUCCGCCAUCUUGCUGGCUACGUUCUGGACGGCAACAUGAGAACCGGCUGGCAGCGGGCAGCUGAAGAGGACACAUGGCGGCUUACAUUUGACCUGCAGACCCCCGUAACACUCUCUCGAAUUCACAUGUGGUACUAUCACACCAGGGAUGUAACGGUCUUAUGCUCAAUGUCAUUAGUGAAGAGGUUUGAGACCGUGAAACAAGCCCCUGCACCACAACAUUCUGGUGCAGUAACAGACGGAGAAAUACAUAUGAGUGAAGUUGAUCUGAGUGGGUUUCUCGCUACCGGGCAGUUUUGGCGCCUGCAAUUUUCUAGCAUCUUUCUAAAACCUUUCGAAAUCAUGGAGGUCAAGUUUUUCCAAGCCUGCUCCGGAUUAGAGAAGAAAGUCUGUUCAGACGGCGACUGUGACGUAUAUGAUGUGAUCUGUGACGGCAUAGUGGAUUGUGUGGAUGGAAGCGAUGAAGAAAACUGUGAUGAAGAAACUUGUUCCAAUGGGGCCAUAGUCAGCAAGUCACAAGUGUGCGAUGGCACAGACGACUGUGGAGACAAUACAGACGAACAACACUGCUGCGAGCGAAAAGACAAGAUGGCCUGUAACGAUGGGCAGUGUAGAGAGUUUCGAAAAGAAUGCAAAGAUGACAGCCGGGUUUCCUGUGGACACCUAACACAUCUCUACUCCAGAUGUGACGAAACAGAGGAUUGUAGCGACGGCAGCGACGAGUAUUGUCACUGUUACUAUCUCAGCGACAAAGGGACAAGCUACAGGGGUCGUGCAGACCGGAACAGAUCCUGUCAGUUCUGGACAUCUCAGUACCCCCACGCUCAUAACCACACUCCCGAGGCCUACCCAUCGGCAGGGCUGGAGCUGAACUACUGCCGGAACCCGGACGGGAAGGACAGGCCGUGGUGCUACACCAACAACCCGCUUGUCAGGUGGAGGUACUGCGAUGAUGUAUUCGCCUGUGACGGUAAAAUCGGCGCCCAAUUUUUGUUUCGUCAGACAUAA